AAAGAACCCACCCUCUCUAUUGGUUCCUUCUCAUUGAUUUGAGUCAUUUUCCCUCAUACCCACCUCCCAAUUUUCAGCACAUAAUCUCUGUCGGAUACCAUUUAUAUCAUAUUUGGCUACCAUUUAUACAUACAUGUAUAUGGAAUAGAGGAAUGUGAGAGUUUUGGUGUCUUGUUGACAUUCAAGGAAGAAAAGUAAUGGUUGGUCAUGCUGUAGAUGAAGAUGAGGAGAGAGCUAACAGGAGAAAAAAUGGGGAUUCUCGGGCAUGUACACAUGGUCAUGCCCAUCACAGGCGGUCUAAGAGUGCUUCUGACAGGAACUUGGAACUUUCGAAGAGUAAAAUAUUGCGUUCCAUAAGAAAAGACCUGGAUGAAUCACCUCAGUUGCCACGUUCAACAAGGAAUUGCAGGGCACAGAGUCCGUUUCAUGAAUAUGCCAUUAAUACCAGCACAGAUGCUAUAUCAAACCAGAGAGUCUCCUUGGAAAAAGAUAUUGAGCAGCUACAAUUGCACUUGCAGCAAGAGAAAUCCAUGCGAAUGUUGCUUGAGAGGGCAAUGGGCCGAGCUUCUAGUACUUUGUCUCCUGGACAUAGGCAUUUUUCCACUCAGACGAAGGAGUUGAUAGCUGAAAUUGAAUUGCUUGAAGAAGAGGUUGCAAACCGCGAGCAGCAUGUUCUGUCCCUGUACAGGAGCAUUUUUGAACAUAGUGUUAGUCGGCCACCUUCUGGACAAAGCUCAGUCAUGGCUUCCCCAGCUCACCCAAAGAAGGAAUCAAGAAAACACCCAAGUAUAAUUUCAAGUGCUUUUUGUUCCUCAAAAAAUUUUCCAUUUAGACCUUUCCAAGCUCUGGCCACGAUAAAUGACUCGGGGAAAAGAAACUUGUUUCAGUCUAAGACAAGGCAUGCUUCAUUGUUUAAGGGCAAAGCAAACAUCCAUUUUGAGAAGACCUGUUCAGAUCAUGUUAAGCGACAAGAUCAGCGACCGACUGUGGUAAAAGCUCCUGUACUGCAAACUCUUAAAGACCAUCUCUAUCAGUGUCCAAGCAAGUUGUCUGAGGAAAUGGUUAGGUGUAUGGCUACAGUAUACUACGGCCUCCGAACUUCAGCAUCUGAAAAUUCUGAACAAAAGCGAUCACCUUUGUUGUCAAGGUCAUCCACUAAUGUAAAGCUUCCACGACAUAGUACUGGUGUAGCCAGGGACUGGUCUUGCAACUCCAUAGUUGAAAUAUUGCGGAUAUCAACUGAUAAGAACAACUUCUCUUGUGCAUCUUAUGCCAUCAACAACUACAGACUUCUAGUGGAACAACUGGAAAGGGUGAAUGUGAGGCGGAUGGAAACCAAUGCCCAGACUGCAUUUUGGAUCAACUUGUACAAUUCCUUAGUUAUGCAUGCAUAUAUAGCUUAUGGAAUACCCCAAAGCUCUCUAAGAAGGUUAGCCAUGUUUCACAAGGCUGCUUACAACGUUGGAGGUCACAUCAUUAGUGCAAAUGCCAUUGAGCAGUCAAUAUUUUGCUUCCGAACACCCCGAGUUGGACGGUGGCUUGAAACCAUCCUAUCAACUGCAAUGAGGAAAAAAUCGGGAGAAGAAAGACAAUGCAUCAGUUCGAAAUUCAGUCUUCACAAUUGCCAACCCCUUGUUUGCUUCGCCCUUUGCACUGGUGCUUUCUCUGAACCUGUGCUAAAAGUCUACACUGCAUCAAAUAUUCAAGAGGAACUGGAAAUAGCAAAAAGGGAAUUUCUUCAAGCAAAUAUAGUCGUGAAGAAGUCCAAGAAAGUGUUCCUUCCACGGGUGCUUGAAAGAUUUGCAAAGGAAGCGUCUAUAGCCUCUGAUGAUCUUCUCAAGUGGGUGUUGGAAAAUGUUGAUAAGAAGCUCUAUGAUUCAAUACGGAAAUGCAUUGAUAGGAAAAGCAGUAGGAAAUCAUCUAAGAUUGUAGAAUGGUUGCCUUACAGUUCAAGGUUCCGGUAUGUGUUAUCUAAAGAUUUAGCAGAAAAACCUUGGUGGGAGUGAGAUUCUUCAUCCAAGCUUACAGGAACCUACUCUGUCCUGAGCUUUUUAGUAUAGCUAGGCUGCAUACGCUAAUAUUUGGAUAUCCAUAAACUUGUAAUUGAAAUCUUUCUGAUUGUCUGUUGGUCUUUUGAUCUUUACCAAUCUCUAAUUCAAUUUUAUGAUUCUGGAAUUAAUAUGUUCAACCUUUGAUAGGCUCUAACCUUGUUGGUGUAUUAUAUAUGUUAUAUCCAGUCGUAUUUUGUUGGAGAUUCUUACAGAGAGACAAUGCUCUAUAAAAUUGUCCCUUGGGAUGUAUUCAGAGGACUAGUGCUAAAAG